CUGGCUGGUAGCAGGAGAGCAGCUACGACACCUGUAACCUCUGCAGUUUGUUGGAUAAAGCCGGCUUCAGCCUCUGAGGUCACCGUCACCCCAGCUGUGUGUGUAUGUGGGUGUGUGUGGGAGCUGGUGAGGUGUGCGAAUGUAUGUGUGUUGAGGGUGUUUUAGAGUGAUGUACUGUACCUAUCAAGACCGUGAGGAGUUGGAGGAUGAUCUCUACCAUGAGGAUGACAGAGACUCUGAGGGGUCAGAGGCCAACAGCGAGCUGGAGUUCCGCCUCUAUAGCCAGCUCCACUACUCCUCUAAUGCUGGGGAGAUGGAGGAGCAGGAGGGCACAGGUGAGAAGGCGGAGGGCCAGGACAGCCGGCAGCCAGAAGUGACUGAGAAGACUGCAGACGCCAACGGAGAGCUGGAGCACACUGGAGAAAGUGGGCCACCGUCACCUAAUAUAAGCAAGCUACUGCAACACCUGAAGAAGAAGAAGAAGAAGGAAGGAGAGAAAAGUGAUAAGCAGAAGAAGGGGAAACGUGAUCCUAAAGGUCAGAGGUCGUCAUCACUUUUUGAGGAGGUCAUCGUGAUUGACUCCGGCCCUGAUGUCAUCUCCAUCUCUGACGAUGACACUGCUGAUGAUGAAGGGGUCUGUGCCUUAAAGGGUCAAAGCUCACACCGGCUGCUGACUUCCACCCCAGCACAUCAGGCAGACCAGAAAAGGAAGAGCAAUCUCAGUGUGCCGGUGACUGUGGAUUCCAGCAGCUCAGAAUCGGAUUCGGAAGAGUCUGAAUCCAGAUCUGAAUCUGAGUUGGAUUCUUCGGAUUCUUCGGAUUCUUCUGAUUCACCUGAUUCGGACUGUCUAGAGAACUGGAUGAUACUGGGUCGAGGGAACCAGGAAGGAGACCAAUCCAUCUCACUCAAUCUGGAAGGAGGGUCUGACAGCAAUACAGGCUCAGAUAUAUAACAAAGACAAGGGUGCCAGGAUAGUGGUCCCACGGGUGUCAAACAGAUACUACACUGGCAAGAAUGUCCAGUGUAGAAACUGCAACAAGACCGGACAUCUCUCCAAGACCUGCCCCGAGCCCAAAAAGUUGUUGCCCUGCUUCCUUUGCGGCACCCCAGGCCACGUGGUCAGUGAAUGUCCCAAUAAGCACUGCAACAACUGUGGCCUGCCCGGUCACCUGUUUGGGUCUUGCAGCGAGAGAGCGUACUGGCACAAACAGUGUCAUCGCUGCAGCAUGACGGGACACUUCUUUGACGCUUGUCCACAGAUCUGGAGACAGUACCACAUCACAACUAAGACAGGGCCUCCUGUGAAGCAGCACAGACAGGACAACGGUCGAUCUCCUGCCUACUGCUACAACUGCUCCAGGAAAGGACACUUUGGCCAUGCGUGUACAAGGCAGAAGAUGUUCAAUGGGGUGUUUGCCAGCAUCCCGUUCAUCAACCACUACGACACUGUGGAGGACAUCAAGCGCAGACAGCACAGGUUGAAGCUGAAGGUUAAAGAACUGAAGAAAAACGGAUGUUUCCCCACCACCUCCCAGACCCCUGUCACUCCAGGACCACCAAAGAAGAAACAGAAAAUCAGCCAUCAUAAAAACAACCAUCAACCUAACGACACACCUCACCACACCCCUAACAACCACAAACCCAGUCCCAGCCAUAUCUUUUUUAGUGUCGAUGACUUUAGGAACACAACACCCAAAACAAGUAAGUUCAAUAAGCACAAACAACAGGAAAGCACUGGCAGUGUGAAACCGUGGAAAGCCAAGAGGCCAGUUCCCACCUCGAGAGGCCCGCUCCCAACACCUAAACUAAUUUUUGAUGAAGCGGAUGACUUUCCUAGAGGAGGAGGCAAAGGAGAAAAACUAGAGAAGAAGAGGAAGAAGAAUAGAAUGAAGAAAACAAUGGAACUGCCACCAGAGGGACACAGAGGCAGCAGAUCACACCGUCCCUGUUGGACUGUAACUGGUGGGAUGCAGGGGUCAGAGUCUAGGCAAGAGAAUGGAGAGAAGAAGACGAGGAAGAGGAGAAAUCGAGACCGGAGGACUGCUGACAAAAAACUCUCUGCACCAAUGUACCCAACGGAUGAGAACCUGUUCAUCAUCAAACAGAGGAAACGCAACAGAUAGCAUCAGUAUGUGUGUCAGAGGCCGUCAGGGCUGUGAUCUUUUUGACCAGUGGUUAUUUGUUCAUGACAUUUAGUGACAUGACUCAGGUCUCACUGCAAACGACACCAGUUCCACUUUAGGGGUUCAUAGGCCUUUUUUCACAGAAGACAUUUUGACAUGUCACAGCCGGAAAAGCUCGGAUGUAAAUAAUAGCAUAAAUGACUGAAAUCAGUUUAAUGGCCUCAGUUUCAGGGUCCUUUUUAUUGUGCAUGCUGGCUCACUGUCAUGACUAACUGAGACACUUGAAUAGAAUGGGGACAUUGUUAAAAGACUGGUUCACAAUUUUUCCAGGUGUCCAUAUGAACGUUGUUUAUACUGGCCAUUAAAAGAUCCCUUUCUAAUGCUCUUUCAUCGUAAGGGAUGGGAGGGGAAAAACUCACAGUCCUCCUCGUUUUGUGCAGAAAUGUAUGAAACUAUUAUGAAGCUUCAACAUUGUGAGUUAGACGAAUGAAGUGGAUAUCUUUCAGUCAGUUACAGUCUUUUUAGCACAACAUGCCACUGCAGCUGAACAGGGAAUCACUGGCCAGGAGAACAAAGGAGUGAAUUUUGUACUAUAAUGGCAGGAACUUUGGAAGAUAUCCACUUGAUUUCUCUAACUCAAACUGCUGAAGCCUCAUAUUAGCUUUAGAUAAACUUCUAAAAACAUUUCUGCACAAAAUAAGGACUGCAGAUUUUGUGCCCCAAAAAUAGUGAACCUAUCCUUUAAUGCUCUAAGUAAUAUCUGUGCCUUUCCUACUCUUUGACAAGUCAACAUUUGUGCUGUGAAAAAGGCCUUUUGUGUUUGACAUUGUACUCUGAACUGAGCUUCAGUUUCACCCUACAGCCCCUAUUCAAACUGAAGCAUUGAUUCAUGACUGGAGAUGGACAUUUUAGUACGUGAGUCAAGUUAAGACUUCAUACAGCUAGUUCAUUAAUGAUUUUGUUAGACAACACGUCAUUUCAGUUGAGCAUUCUCAGUUAAACAGGAUGACUUACAUUGCUAAUAGACAUAAAGAGACAGUGAAUAAAUUGCAUCAACCUACAGUGUUUACAAUAGAUUAUUCAUUAGAAGUAUGUAUGUAUAAGUGUGUUGUAGUCAUUGUCAUCAUCUUCAUUCACAUAAAUUUCGGAACAUUGAAUUAAAACCAGACUCGCUCUUUGAAGUACAGUAAGAGAAUUUCCUAGUGCCUCUGCUCUGAACGUAAUUUUCAAGUUGUUGCUGCUGUUGGAACCAAAGGAUGAUGAAUUUUUAAAACUACUCUUGGAAUAGUGUCCUUUUUUCAUUUAGAACUGAAGGGAUGCCUUUUUUCUAUAACACUCAUUAAUUUGUAAAUUAUCUAAAUAUAUUAACAUACUGUAUUUAUGUUUAUUACAUAUGUUUGAUUUGCAAAUCUGAAGAAAGUCACUUCAGCAGUUCUUGUGUGAUGUGGAUAAGAUUCAUCACAGACAUGCAGCCCUGACAAUUUUAACCAUCCAGUAUUUGAAUUGAGUUAUUUAUCUUAUUUGUUGUGGUUGUAACACGAUGAAACCUUAACAUACAAUGGAAGAGUGUAAGACGGGACUGUGAUAACAUGAAUACUGAUAUUGAUAUUGAUGAGACUGGGGGAAAAUAAAACUUGAAUCUUUAUUUUUAGUUUUGUGAUUCAGGAAGUGAAAUCAGCUGCAUCAGUUGUUGGCAUUUGUUUAGUUGACAACUUUUAGUUUUUCAGUGAUAAUUCACAUUGCAUUUAUGUUAAUGAUACAUUAAACU